CUCGGGAGGAAAAGGAGGAACACGGAAGUAGAAAAGAGUAAAUUAGUAUACUUUAUUGAUCCAACGGAAUCGAGUGGACCACUUUAUGCCAUGAUUCAGAAAGGAGAAUUUGUAGCUUUAUAUGGUGCACGGGCUUCCGGGAAGUCUACACGAGUGGAUCAAGCUAAGAUUGAGUUGGAAAGCAAAGGCUAUGUUUGCAUUUAGAGUAUAUCUUUUGAAGGAGUAAAUAUGGAUACCAUAGACACAUUCUGG